CCAGUAUGGAGGUGGAUAUGAUACAGAAGCCAGCGUUGGCCGUUGAACCACCGGAUGCGAAUUUUAACCCUGAUCUAACGCCGGAAACCGGCGAACAGUAUUUGCAAAAGGUGAUGUACGAGCGUGGCAAGUGUCCGGUGGUAGUUUGUGCUGAAAAACCUCAAUCCCUUCAUCAACAGAAAACCCUCUCCGGAACGGCCGCCCUUCCAACGGACGAGGUUAAAAACGUUGCCCACCGUGCCCUCAUACCGACACGCGAAUGGGAAACGAUGCAGAAUCAAAAGUUUUCCGAGCUGCGGGACACGAUCACCUCGUACCGCGGUAGCGCACAGUACAAGGAAAACCUACAGCGAACGCACGUAUUUCUGAACUUUGACGAUCGACAGCAUCUGCACGAGUACUGUGCCAAUAAUCUACCCUACGUGAGCAUACUGCUCAGCAUUCCGCAACGGAAUUUGGAAAUUUUGCUCGAAUAUUUGCACGAAUGGUUGCAGGAUUCGGAUCAAGCUUCCUCGUCCGCCUCCCAACAGCAAGACGAACCAUCCGAUCCGGAACUGUGCGAUACGGCUGCAGCACUAACACCGUCCGUUACGAGCAAGGAGGAGCUGCAUCGUGGCGAUGGCUACCGGCGGGAUUGGAUACCACAGUGGAUUUACGCGAUACUGGCCUGUCUUAUCAAACCGCUCGAACCAUACAUACACAGCGUGCUGCGAGACAUUGCCAAAACGUGUAUCGCGCUGCGCAACGAACUGAAACUGGAGGAUGAGCCGAAGGUGUUGCCGCUCAAUCUGCUGAUUAGCAUAAUUUCGAAACACUUCAAUCAGUGCGAUUUGGGCGAUAAUAUUGCCUGA